UGGAGUUUUGCGAGCCUGGCAAGUGGGAAGAAAUGGAGGAUCAAACCACUGCUCUCAGGGAAGUGUUUGGUGAAUCAUCAUCAGAAAGCGAAGACAACGAGCAACAAAUAGUUGCAGAUACGGCAGACUACGGCGACGUGGAAUCUCCGUCAACUGUCUGUGAUCAUAAUCUUAGAUGGGAGGGAAUCGAGGGAGUCAAUGGAUUGUGGUUGUGCAGAGAUUUCCUCUCUCCUCAUCAACAGUCCACAUUGCUUUCCGCUAUUCAAGCCGAAGGCUGGUUCAAUGAAGCCCCUCACAAUCAGGCAAUGAGGUUUGGGGAUCUUCCUGCAUGGGCAACUGAAAUUUGUAGUUCUAUUCGUGAGGUGGUGCUAUUUGGUGAUCACAUUUCUCAACCCAUGGACUUGUCAAAUUUUGAUGGGGACAAGGAGGCCAAUGUCUUGGCAUCAAAUUUAUUGUGGAGGGAACCACUAUUUGAUCAACUAAUUGUAAAUGUAUACCAAGCAGGUGAGGGGAUAUGUGCGCACACUGAUCUAAUGCGCUUUGAAGACGGGAUUGCCAUUGUCUCCCUAGAAUCAUCAUGUGUGAUGCAUUUCAGCCGAGCGGGAGAAGAGUGUGAUGGACAGGGAAAAGAGAAGGAAAACCACAAGGAAAAAGUUCCUGUUUUCCUGACUCCGGGCUCUCUAGUUCUAAUGUCAGGAGAAGCUCGCUAUCUGUGGAAGCACGAGAUAAAUCGGAAGCCAGGGUUUCAGGUAUGUGAAGGGCAGGAAUUAAUUCAGAAGAGAAGAACCUCCAUAACAUUCAGGAAGCUUUGUCAGGUUGAGUAGCAUGCUUAGCCUCACACUGGGGACUACUGCAUUUUGUAUUGUUUUCAUCAAUUACCUACCAUGAAUUUGUGCUUAUCAAAGCAAUUAACAUUUAGCAGUUUGUUAUCAGAAUAGAAGUUUUUAACUCCA